UUCACCCCACCUGCAGAUGGAGAGACAAUUAAAACAGAAAGAUCCAAUACCACUGCAAUGAUGGAAUUUGUUCUCGUGGGGUUUUCUGAUAGUCCCCAUCUCCAGUGGGUUCUCUUUGCGGUGUUUUUGCUCAUGUAUGUGACCAUUCUGAUAUGCAACAGUAUCAUCAUUUUACUAAUUAGAUAUGACCCUCACAUUCAGACACCCAUGUAUUUUUUCCUGAGCCAUUUUUCCUUUUUGGAUAUCUGUUAUGUGACCGUCACCAUCCCAAGAAUGCUCAUGGAUAUUUUUUCCCAAAAAGGAAACAUCUCUCUGCUUUCCUGCGCAGCACAAAUGUUCUUUGUCCUUGUUCUUGGGGGUACAGAGUGUCUCCUGCUGACAGCCAUGGCCUAUGACCGCUAUGUGGCCAUCUGCCACCCUCUGAACUACACUCUGGUCAUGAACCACAAGGUGUGCGUGCAGCUGGUGGCGGCCUCUUGGAUCAGUGGAAUUCCGGUUGAAAUCGGACAAACCUACCAGAUUUUCUCUUUGCCUUUCUGUGGGUCUAACAGGAUCAAUCACUUCUUCUGUGACAUCCCUCCGCUACUCAGUCUUGCUUGUGGGGACACGCUGCUGAAUGAGAUCGCUGUCUACAUCGUGGCGGUGGUGUUUGUCAUGCUACCCUUUCUGCUCAUCAUUGCCUCUUACACUAAAAUCGUCUCCAACAUCCUGAAGAUAGCCUCAGCCAGAGGGAGGGUGAAAGCCUUCUCCACUUGCUCAUCACACUUGACAGUUGUGGUCCUAUUCUAUGGGACAGCCAGUAUCACUUACUUACAACCCAAAAGGAAUCAGUCUGAAGGGAUAGGGAAGCUGCUGUCUCUUUUUUACACCAUUUUGACCCCAACUUUGAAUCCCGUUAUUUACACCCUGAGGAACAAGGAUAUCGUGCAGGCACUGAGGAAAGUGCUAGGGAAGUUAUAA